CACAGCUGAAUUCUAAAGACAGGACUAAACAGUAUCAUAUAAUCAGUGUUCCAGAGUCUGGGGCUCAUUUUGAACACCCUCCUCAUCUGCAUUCUGUAAGUAAACAACAGAAAAUGUUCUCAGUUUUAGUACAUAGAUUUAGAGAGAGACUGAUUUCAGACUUAUGUAAAGAUAACUGACAGAUGCAAAAGGUGAUGAUGCUUUUUUUUUUUUUUUUUUAAGAUUUGUGUUAUACAAGCUAUAUUGUGUGCAGUAGCAGUGUUUGUGCCAGAAUUCAGUCAACCUAAGACCGUCUGACAGGCUAUUAUUUCAUGUUAUGUUGAGAAUCCUUAUUAAUCGAUGAGUCAAUGAGAAAUAUAUGUCAUUUUUAUUUUAGUAGAGCAUAAAACUUUUAAUAAAAAAAGCAUGAAAGAAGGAGGAGCACCUUGUGCAGCUGCAGCACUUCCUCUCAGACAGUCACUGUGGUGAGUUUUACCUGAAGGCCAUUCCUAUGGUGGCCAGCCAAUGCCUGGCCAUGGGCAACGGUUCGAUAAAAGCCCCACAGGGUGAGGAGAACAGCUGCCUGGCCUCCAUCCACACUAAUCCUCCUGGCUCGGACAAAGACAGUCUCAGGUUGCGCAUCAUCCACCUAGAGGAGGAGCUGGAACGCCGGGACCAGGAGUUUCGAGCCCAGGAGAUUCAACUACAGCAUCUCCAGAAGGAGUUGGAGGCCAAGAUCUCCCAGAUCGACAAGCUCCAGGAUGCUAUUGGCUACAACAACACCGUAGGCCUUUCUCCAACAGUCAUGUGCCACCACCGAGGUUGCCGCUUCAGCAUCAUCAACCAGGGUCCAAGUCGCUUUCACAGGGUGGCUGUGGAGGUCCACCGCCGACUGAAAGCAAAAGAAGGUGUUUCUGCUGAGCCCACCUCAGAGAACUUCUGCGGAGGGUUCAGAGUAUCACACGUCUCCAUAGCAAAAGCCAAUCGUAAAAACUCACACACCAGAAAGCUCAUCAACAAUGCUAUCAUGAGCAAUGACUUUCUAAAGAAGUUGGAGCCACAGCACAUGAGGGAGAUGGUGGACUGUAUGUAUGAGAAGGUUUACACUGAGGGACAGCUGGUCAUCCAGGAGGGGGAAGCUGGAAACUACCUCUACGUGCUGGCAGAGGGCUUGCUGGAGGUCAUCCAGAAUGGGAAGAUGCUGGGCGAGAUGCGUCCUGGCACAGCAUUUGGGGAACUGGCCAUACUGUACAACUGUAAGAGAACAGCCACAGUUAAAGCUGUGUCCCAGUCUCACAUCUGGGCCCUGGACCGCCAGACCUUCCAGACCAUCAUGAUGCAGACCACACAGGCCAGACAUGAGGAGUACUUCAGUUUUCUACGCAGUGUGUCACUGCUCCGUGAACUGCCAGAGGAGAAACUAGCCAAGAUCGUUGAUUGUCUUGAAGUGGACCACUUUGAAAAAGGGGAGUAUAUUAUUCGAGAGGGUGAAGAGGGGAACACCUUCUUUAUUAUUGCAAAAGGAGAGGUCAAAGUCACUCAGAGCACAGAAGGCAUUCCUGAACCUCAAGAAAUUAACACCUUGGGAGUCGGAGACUACUUUGGAGAGAAAGCUCUCAUCAGUGAGGAUGUUCGCUCAGCCAACAUCAUCUGUAAUGAGAACGACACACACUGCCUGGUGGUGGACAGAGAAAAUUUCAACCAAAUGGUGGGAACUUAUGAGGAGCUUCAGGCUUACCUGAAGGAAUAUGUGGAAGAGCUUUCCAGGAGUGAUGAGAGAAGAAAUGCCCUGCCCCAUUCACCUCAGAUUGACUCUGCAGAGGCCAUGGAGCUCCGGAGGCUGAGGGAGAGGAUCGCUGUCCUACAUGUGCAGCAGCCUUUCCAGGAACUGGAGGUCAUCGCUACACUGGGCAUGGGAGGAUUUGGACGAGUAGAGCUAGUGAAGCUGAAAGAUGAGGACACCACGUUUGCUCUGAAGUGCAUUAAGAAGAAGCAUAUUGUGGACACCAGGCAGCAGGAGCACAUCUACUCUGAGAAAAACAUCCUACAGCAAACAAACUCAUCUUUCAUUAUCAGGUAUUUUCGAACAUUUCGAGACAAUAAAUAUGUCUACAUGCUGCUGGAGGUGUGUCUCGGUGGGGAGCUGUGGACUGUGCUGCGGGACAUGAGUUAUUUCGAUGAGCCCACAGCAAGGUUUUGUGUUGGUUGUGUGUUGGAGGCCUUUGAUUACCUCCACACUAUGGGUAUUGUCUACAGAGACCUGAAACCUGAAAACCUUUUACUGGAUGCAGAGGGCUAUGUCAAAAUGGCAGACUUUGGCUUUGCUAAAAAGAUUGGCCUUGGGAAAAAGACCUGGACAUUCUGUGGGACUCCUGAGUAUGUAGCCCCAGAGGUUAUCAUGAACAAAGGCCAUGACUUUGGAGCUGAUUGUUGGUCCUUGGGAAUUCUUAUAUUUGAACUUCUCACUGGCAAUCCGCCCUUUUCUGGCUCAGACCACAUUAAGAUUUAUACCAUGGUCCUCCAUGGCAUCGAGAAGGUGGAUUUUCCCAAGAGGAUAGGCAAACGUCCAGACGAACUCAUCAGGAGACUCUGCAAGUUAAAUCCAGUUGAGAGGUUGGGAAACAAAAAGAAUGGUAUCAUUGACAUCAAGAAACAUAAGUGGUUCCAAGGAUUCAACUGGGAAGGUUUGAGAUGUCACAAGCUGCUGUCUCCACUGAGGAGACAGCUGAAGGGGCCGAUGGAUCACAGUCACUUCGACAUAUUUCCUCCAGACACAGAGGAACCUCCUGAUGAGCUGUCUGGCUGGGAUAAAGACUUCUGAGGACUCUGAUAACAAAGACUUAAGCAUCAACUGUGGAUGAAACUUGAGGCUGAACAGAUAUCUUUUUGUACUGAAAGUAUUGUUCAUUGCUGCCAGACUUUUUGCAUAACCUCUUUUUAUAAAAACAAAUAAGCAUCAUUACAUUCAGAUAAAUAACACAGAGGUAUACUGUCGGCCUGUAUCAUGGCCUCCUUCUAGAUACAAUUACAUACAUAGAAGCCACACAGUGUUCAAUCGGCUCGGCACUGAGCAACAUGAGACAUGACAACAUUAAAAGGGCAGUUCAUGCUCAACAACCAUCUAAUGUGGCCGAAUCAAAACUAUUCUGCAGAGAAGAGUGGGCCAAAAGUCCUCCAGGAGAAUGUAAAAAGCUUAUCACAAGCUGUAACAAACUUUUACUUGUUGUUGCUGCCAAGGGUGGAAAACCAGGUGUAGGUGGGCAAUUGCUUUUUCACAGGGGGACUUAGGUUUUCAGUAAAUCUUCAGAAAAUGUAUGUAUUUAUUUCAUUUACAAUUUGCAUUUUGUGUUUUGUGGGUUAUAUCUAAUGUUAAACACAAAUAUUAGUUUGAUGAUCUGGAACAUUUAAGUGUGAGAAAUAUGCAAAAACAGAAGAUAUCAGGAAGGGGACAAAUGCUUUUUCACAGCACUGUAUCACAGAUCCUGAAAUACACAGCUACUAUGACAAUUGUUUGCCAAGUGGUAUUGUGGCUCAAAUUCUUUUUAACCCUAACUGCUGAUAUGACAAUCAAGGGAUCAGAACUUCCAUUGCACAAUAGUUUAUUCUGGACCUGCUUUAUUAAAGGGCAAUUAAAAACUGGACCAGGUUUUAAUCCUAAUAACGGCUUCAAUAGAGACUUAUCUACUUUAAUCUGAAUAUCAUUCUUUGAACCUAGGAGCUUCAGAAGAAAGCAACUGAACUUCUCUUUUAGGUUCUUGAAGAUGUUUACUUCUCAUCCAAGAGGUUUCUUUGGUUUAACUAUCAGAUGGCGAGUUUCACAUGUUCAUAGUCACUCCAGCUCACAUGGCUAAUGCAGAAAAACCUCCUCUGUUUAGAGAUAGCUGUUCCAGUUUGACAUAGAUGGCUUCCUUCAUCCCUCCAGCUAUGGGAGCUGGAGUGACUAUAAACACCUGAAACUUCCUACCAGUCAGUUAGAACUGAAGAAAUGUUGUAACAAUCAUGUCUGUGUAGAUUCUCAGUUAUUGGGGUCAUGGUAAUCAUGGGAAUAUCAGUUCAGAGCAAAUGGACUUCUCUUUACGGUUUUAAAGAUGCUUCACCUUUCAUUAAAGAGGCCUCUUCAGUUCCACUGAUGACUGAUGAGGAGUUUCAGACGUUUA